AUGGCAAAUUUGGCCGCAGUCCAUUACACAGUUGACCCUUCCACCAACCCGGGCUCAUGGCCUCCACCGGCUCCAGAACAUGGCACUGCCAUUAUUUUCAGAGUCAAAGUUAUUUUUAUUAACGUCCACGGAGACUCCAACUUUCGAGUUCUUCAAACGGGCACAAACCAACAUGUUCACCAUGCAGUCAUGCAGGUAACUAAACACAUAGCUCGCGGCGUCUACCGAAUUAUCAGCAUGAAUGUCAGCGAGUAUUCAUGCGUGGUGGUUAUGUCAACUGAGAAAUCUAGGGAGGAGCUCAUGUUCAAGAAUGGAUUUCCUUGGGAUAGGGAAAGCGACCCUCAGCCAGAUGUUAUUUUGAAGUAG